AUGAAGGUGGUCAAUUUGAAACAAGCCAUCCUCCAGGCUUGGAAGGAGCGUUGGAGCGACUACCAGUGGGCCAUCAACAUCAAAAAUAACUUCCCAAAGGGAGCCACAUGGGACUACCUCAACCUGGCAGGUCAGCUGACUUAUGUUGAUCAUCCAUGUAAAUGCAUGCGAAGUGGAAAGUAAACAAUGAAUUAAUAUGAUUUCAGGGUAUGAAAUAAGUAAUUUCUUUAUUUCCCUAUGUUCCAGAGGCUAUUAUGGAGCAGGCAAUGAUUGGCCCUUCUCCCAACCCACUCAUCUUGUCCUACCUCAAGUAUGCCAUCAGUUCCCAGGUAAGGUUGACAUUUUGAAACCCGUAUUUUACCCUUUACAUAGCGUCAAAAUAGACAUAUACGAUCUGUAUUCUUUGGUUGUAGCGAUAUUAAAGGGUUAAUCUUCAUAUUCUGCACAUAGUAGGAAAGACAGUGUUCAAGAUUUGCUGGUGGGCUUGAUUUAUUAUGCACAAUAAUUACAAAUUUAAACCAUUGUCUUUCCUCAGAUGGUGUCUUAUUCAAGUGUCCUCUUAGCCAUCAGUAAGGUGAGUUUGGCCUCCUUUUUCUUUCUCUCUGGCUAAUACCAACUGUCUGACUGCUACUAGACAUGCAUACUUUCAUCGGAGGACAACUUGUCUGACAAAUGCCCCUGUUUCUUCCCAAGUUUGAUGAUUUCUCCAGAGAGCUCUGCAUCAAGUCCCUGUUGGAGAUUAUGGACAUGUUCUCCCACCGUCUCAGGUACGCAUCCUUUUAUAUUAGUCCUUCCUUUAAAUGUGGCAGUGGUGUUAGCCAUGGAAAAUGUUUCAUCCUGGCGCUGCGUAUCAAGAGAUGCAACCUGACAAAGAUGACAUACCUUCCAUUUACCAUUUGUUAUUAAAUAUGGUUAAAGCACUAAUAGUUAUGAGUCUGCUGGUCGAAGGAUUUUCUCAGAGCAUCAGAGAGUGAGUGCAUUUCUGAUGUCAAGUCACCUUUAGAUAUUGAAAAAGAAUCCCCAGAAUAAUCCCAAACCUCAAUUCUACCCCAACCCACCCUCCACCCCAGUUGCUACGGGAAGGCGGAGGAGUGCAUCGGGCUUUGCCGGGCCCUGCUGGGCAUUGUAGUGUGGUUGCUGACAGGCUGUGCCUGGUACUGCGAGAGGCUUAGGGAGCUGGGGCCGUCGGCCAGCACAGAAGCCAGCCUGAGGGCCUGCCAGGAGAGGCUAAGGGACCUGGUGAACAGCACCAAGAACAGGGCCCUGGUCCACAUUGCACGCCUGGAGGACCAAGGUCAGUCAGGGGCUACGGAAUCUUCUAAGGGGUUUUCCUAUCACUACCUGUGCUUGGCUGCAUAUUAUUUGGAUCAAACUGAAAUAACAACAAUAUAUUCAUAUUGUUGUUGUAGCAUUUGAUUUGAAUUAAUUUCAUUGGUAUGUUUAACUGCACAUCAUAUCUGAGGGCUUCGGUUUCACCCAAGUCUUGGCUCCGUCCAUUGUAUGUGUAUUCUUUCAGUUUAGUAGGAUAAAUCUUAUUUUGUCUUAUACCGAUUUUACUGAUAUGUUUCAAAAGCCUCCUGGACCAAUGUGGAGCAAGCUUUGCUCAAAGUGACAGAGGGCCUCAGCAGUCUAACCAAUCAGACACUGAGAGGCAAGCUGGAGGAGUGUAUUUCAUUGGUGAAGAGGUGAGAAUGUAGCACUUUUGGAGCACAAGCCAUUGCCUUUGUAAACAAUAAUUGAAGCCACAAUGGCUGUUUUUUUAUAAUAAUCUGACCUAUCUUCCCCUUCAGUAUUCCUACGAUGCUGUCGGAACAGUCAGACCCCCUGCACCACUCGUCGUUCCCUUCGGUCCACGCCUUCAUCAUGCUGGAAGGAACCAUGAACCUGACGGGCGAGACCCAGCCACUGGUGGAACAGCUGAUGAUGAUCAAGAGGAUGCAGGUGAGCCUUGAUUGGUCUAGAGCAGGGUUUCUUAAAUAUGUGUCUGGAACCAAAGUGGGCCCUGGGCAUGUGAGAGGUGGAUCACGAGUUAUGAGAAUAAAUCUAUAAUCACACACUAUUUCUUCUUAAUUUGGGUCACGGGAGGACGGUCUACUUAUAAUUUGCAUCUCGAGCUGAAAAAGUUUAAGAACCCCUGGUCUAGAGUUAACGUAUGCAAUGCGAGUUUCACUUUUAGUUGAGGGAAAUUGUAAUUCAGUUUACUUCCUGAAUUGACUGAUUUGAAAUUGAAUAUUGACCCAACCCCCCCAACCCUGGUGCGUUCCCCUGUGCGUUCCCCUGUGCAGCGUAUCCCUGCGCCACUCUUUGUGUUGGAGAUCUGGAAGGCAUGUUUCACUGGCCUCAUUGAGUCACCAGAGGGCACUGAAGAACUUAAGUGGACCGCCUUCACGUUCCUCAAGGUACUGGAUAGUUAGUGAAUGUUUUCUUUUCAUUGGAGCCGAUGAAUUGUCACCAUCUUACCAUCUCUCCUCUCAUCUCUAGAUCCCCCAGGUUCUCCUCAGGCUGAAGAAGUAUCCCCAGGGAGAGAAGGUACAGGUAUAGUACUGAGUUAUUCUCUUGACAUCCAUAACAAUCAAUGGUUAUAAUGUCUGUUUCAAGUUUAUUUACCAGUAAUAAAUACAUUGGUAAAAUUACUCAAUCACCACUGAAUGAUAUGAAUGUAGGAUAGUGAAUACUGCUGGUCUAGUCUCUGUGUCAAUCUGCAGCAGGACUUCAUGGACGACGUGAACAUUGCCUUUGAGUACCUGCUGAAGCUCACACCACUACUGGACAAGGCUGACCAGCGAUGCAAGUGAGUGAAAACGAAAAACAGAACAUAAGAAGCAUAUUAUCAUGUUUUAUACAAUGGCAUUGUUGAAUACUCGUUUCUGAUUGGCUUGAAGGGCAUGCUAGAGCGUGCAUUAUUUCCCUAUAACGCACGGUAUAUCAGCACGGUAGGAUUCAAUGGCUAUAGUUAAUGCUUACAUGUUCUAUGUUUGAGCUGCUUUUGAAAGCAAAAGUCGAAUUGAAAACAUUGUUGAAUUCUAUUUUCAUAAUAGCAAGCUAGGACUGAUGGUUUGGUUAGCUAAACCAAAUAAUUGUAUAACUAGACCAAGAGACCACAGCCUGUCAUUUCCAAUGAGGUGGGCAGAGCUAAGCACGAGUUAGUGAGAUCCUAUUGGCACGUUCUAGCAUACGUCUGCCUAUUUCCGUUAGGGAACGCCUACUCUGUGAAGUGCAAUAACUCAAUUUUCCAUUGCACACCUAAACAACGCAAUUUUUAAAAACUUUUACAAAGGGGAAACUAUACAAAACUUUGUCCAUACAUAUAGUCGUUUUGGGAACAGAAAAUUGUAUUGAGAGAAAAUAUUUAAUCAAUGACAAAAUGAGAGGAAGCUUCCUCUCACUACCAUAUUUGGUAGUGAGUGGAAACGCCAAGCGGAUGCUUCACAUUUACACCUCUGGUGAAAUAUGUCUCAUUGUUCUAUCUGUGGCUAAACUAGCAAGUCUGUUUGUUUGGUUGCCAAGGCAACUACUGUAGCUAUCUAGUAAACUUGCUAGCUACUUCAGUGGAUGUUGAACACAUUUCUAGUGGCAAAUGUGUUUAAUUAUAGCCAUGGUAUAAAAGGGAUAAUCAAGGGAAAGGGGAUACCUUGCCAGCUGCACAACUGAAUGCAUUCAACCGAAAUGUGUCUUCCGCAAUUAACCCAACCCCUCCGAAUCAGAGAGGUACGGUGGGGCUGCCUUAAUCAAUGUCCACGGCGCCCGGGGAGCAGUUGUUGUUGGGGGUUAACUGCCUUGCUCAAGGGCAAAACAGCAGAUUUUUCCACCUUGCCGGCUCGGGGAUUAGAACUAGCGAUCUUUCAGUUACUGGCCCAACACUCCAUGUCUCUUUUUUUACAGCUGCGACUGUCUAAGCAUGCUACUGCAGGAGUGCAAUAAGCUGGGUCUCCUAUCGGACUCUAACACGACCAACCUCACUUCUAAACGGUACGUACAGGUAGCCAUCCUGCCCCUUCAGAUGUGUAACAUCACUGGAAGAGAAUGAUACAGUAUAAAUACAUCAAGUUUGGCGCUAAUAUCUUUCAUUCUGUCUCUCCUCCUUUCACUCUUUCCUCUCACUAAAUCACUGUCUGUCUGUCAGUCUCGCUCCUCUCGCUCUCUCUCGUGUGUAACCUUUUCUUCAGGGGUGAGGACAGGGAGUACGCCCCACGGCUGAAGACUGCAGAAAAUGCCAACAUCCAGCCCAACCCAGGCCUCAUCCUGCGAGCCGAGCCCACCGUCACCAACAUCCUCAAGGUCCUCCUUCUCCCAAUGCCAACCUAGCCUUACAGUCAGCAGGGUCAUGUUGUUCAAGAGGAGGUUCAUUGCUAAAUGUUUUGCUACGGUGUAUCCUAAUGACCACGAAGCUGACUUUUACCCGCUACUAUAUCCCUGGAUUAGUACUGAUGAUAAGACUGUUAGUUCACCUCGUCCUAAAGCCAUAUCACACUGUCAUCACUGUAUCUGUCUUCCCCUGUUGUGUUAGACGGUGGACGCAGACCACUCCAAGUCUCCAGAGGGCCUGCUGGGUGUGCUGGGACACAUGCUGUCUGGAAAGAGCCUGGACCUCCUCCUGGCUGCAGCCGCAGCCACGGGAAAACUCAAAUCCUUCGCCCGGAAGUUCAUCAAGUGAGACAGACAUCAAGCCAUUGACAUGUAUUAUAUUAAAGUCCAUUAGGACAGUUCAAUCCACUGUAUUGACAGACUCAAACUAUGUUACUGUGGAGAGUCUUAAAGAUACAAUCUGUAAUUUGGUAUUGGUUACUCCAGCCCCAUUCCUCAGCUUAAUAGAAAACCAAGUGGUGGGGCUGCCUUUUUGGUUGAGAAACAAAUGACCGAUUGUGGCUUUAAGGGCCAAAUGGGAAAGUCCAAAUGAUGUAAGAGGGACAUAAUGUUAUUAUUAUUUAUUGAUGCUCUGUCUUUGCUCUUCAGGCUGAAUGAGUUUCCGAAGCACAUCAGUGGAGAAGGAUGUGAGUACAUGAGUUAAGAAUGUCUGACAGUUCCAGUGUUACUGAGUAUGGGACUUUUUGAAUGAGAUUUUACAUGAAUGUUGGGGACUUGCUGAGUGUGGGACUUGUUGAAACAGAUUUGAUAUUGACAUUUGUCGUGGAAAUUCUAAUCAAUAAUGAGGAGAGACAAUGUCAAUCACCAAUCAGGAUAUUACUUUAUUCAAAACGUAUUAAUAAGGUAGUAAGUGAGGCUGGUCGACCCAACACUCUUGACUGUUGGGUUGAGAACUCUGACAUACAGACAAUACAAAUAUAUUUUUAGUAAAGAUACACUGUCUCAGUCUACAUGACUAACAGCAGAUGUGUGGAAUGGGUCAAAAGGUUAGGAUUUGUAUGAAAGACAUGAAUAAUUCACAGCAGACAGUAUCUGCUUUGAAGACUGUUCUCAUUGUGUGGAAACCAGGGUUUGGACCCCAAGACAAGGUUCUUACUAACAUUAUCCAUACCCGAGCCAUCUCUCCCUGGUACCUUACAUUACACAAUCACAAAUUCAGUCUAUGAAAAUGCAGGCUCAGUCAGGUCAGAGACAUCUCCCUCUCACACACCAUUAAUCAUGAAAUGGAAUGUGGCUGUUGGUUUUAUCACCUAGCCAUCCCUAAAUCAACUGCCAGGCCCAGCUUCAGAGGCUCAUCUCAGUUCACACAGACACAGAAGAGAGAGUUUCUAAGAACCCUAUUCUAUUGCAUAAAACAGUAUUCAACAUAAUCUUCAAAUUUUUUGGUGACUAUUUGUUCUAUCUCGUUGCAGCCAAGUCGGCCUCUGUGCGAGCCCUGCUGUUCGACAUAUCCUUCCUCAUGCUAUGUCACGUGGUGCAGACCUACGGAUCAGAGGUUGGUCUCACACCUAGUACUAAUGCUAUCUAUCAUAGGGAUGUAGGUAAGUAUGUAGGAUCAGGUCCCUCCUGUCCAUGCCAAAUAACAAUUACACUUUUCCUGAAGAGUUUGCAUCAUUGUCCUGCUCUUUCAGCACACCACCACUAGGUGGCCAAACACCCAAUAGCUUUCUGCCUGUGCUAUCUGAGUGGCACAGCUGCAAGUGUCUUUGCCACAUUUAUAUGAUGUGUAGUAUGAUUCAUGUAACAUAAGUGUCAUGGUCAAAACCUUGUCCUCAUAUAAAGGGAUGUUAUGUCCCCCACUCCAUAUUAUUAUAUGAUAUCAAUCUACGUUGUGACCCCUCCAGGUGAUCCUGUCGGACCCCAGCCCCUCGGGGGAGACCCCGUUCUUUGAGACGUGGCUGCAGACCUGCAUGCCGGAGGAGGGCAAGACCCUGAACCCAGACCACCCCUGCUUUAGGCCGGAGUCUGGCAAGGUGGAGAGCCUGGUGGCCCUCCUCAACAACGCCACUGAGAUGAAGCUAGUGUGAGUCAUCUUUCACUCUAGGGUCAGAAUCAGACUGGCAUUCAGUGUUUCUCAGCUGCUGGGUGAAUAAGGAGGAAGGAAGAAGCCCAGACUAUGGUUAAAAUGUUGUUCCCCAUGUUCAAACUCUUUUUUAUGAGCGUAAUUUAAACCAGUGAUUCCUUUCUGCACCUUCUCUUUUCCCUCGUAGAAAUCUAGCUAUUGGCAUGACUCAUUGUUUUCCUGAAGCUGUACUGAUUGUUUUGUUCCGCUGUGUGUGUCAGUCAGAUGAAGUGGCACGAGAUCUGCCUCAGCACACCUGCGGCUAUCUUGGAGGUGUUGAACGCCUGGGAGAACGGCGUGCUGUCUGUGGAGGCCGUGCAGGUGAUUCCAGUAUUAUGUGUCAUGGUCUAUUUUGGCCUACUUUGCUCUCGAAACCAUGUCGACGGUCAACCGUUGAAUCACAGAAGUGAACUUGCUCUUACCAUAGGGAAAAUGAGUGGUCAUAGCGUAUGACUCUGCUGGCAUCAUGAUUUGAGGUAGCGUGUGUGUUAUUUUUUGUCACUUCCUCAUUUAAACCAUUCAUAAAGUUCAUUCAUUUGUCGAAUGAGCGGCCUGGAAGCAUGUUCAGAGUUCACACGUCAUCUUCCCCUCUUCUUUUCUCCCCUCCCCUCCCCCCUUUUCUCCCCUCCUCUCCCCCUCCCCUUUUCUCCCCUCCCCUCCCCCUCUCUCCCCCUCCCCCUCUGGCCCUCUCCCCCACCCCCUUCCUGAGUGUAGAAGAUAACAGACAAUAUUAAGGGCAAGGUGUGCAGCAUGGCUAUCUGUGCUGUGGCCUGGCUGGUAGCCCAUGUGAGGAUGCUGGGGCUGGACGAGAGGGAGAAGCCCCAGACCAUGAUCCGUCAGCUCAUGACCCCGCUGUACGCGGAGAACACACUGCAGUUCUACAACGAACGGUACACAUACGCACACACGGAUGGAUGCUCGGUACACACACACAAGACCUGGGCUCAAAUACAUGUGUAUUUGAUUAUUAUUUAAUACUUAUUUUCUGUGUAUUUGAGUAUUUUCAAUAGUACCUGGGUUAAAUGCAUAGGAGUGUAUUUGAGUCAGUUUAUUUGAGUAUUUUCAAAUACAUGCCAAUACUUUCCAAGUGUAUUUCUAAAUACAUUCCAAUAUUCAACUAUAUAUUUGUCUAUUCAAAUUAAACAUAUCUGAAUACUUCAAAAUGUAUGUGAAAGUAAUUGAGAUCUUUUAAAUAGUAUUUGAACCCAGGUCUGACACACACAUACAGCUCGCUCUACACGUUCACUGCCGCUGUACAAUGGUUUAACAACCAGAGCAUUAGCCUUAUUGUUUAGCCGCUGAGCAGAUGUCUUAUCAACCAGCCACAUUCUAGUUGUUUACACCAGGGGAGAAUGACAGCCCCCUCUCAUUGAAGCCAUGGAAGUUCAAGGCCGACCGCGGUACUGCAGGCAUUGUUUGCCCAUUAUAGUGAACUGAAAAAUUGCAAUCUUCGUGUGAAAAUAAUACAUAAUUGAAGACAAUCAUGGUACCAAUAAUUGCUUCUAAUACACCGGAUGUAUGUCCUUGAAUCGAUUAUACAAAAAAUCGCACACAGAAGGAUCAUUUAGUUGCUAAUGGCAGCCUGCAGUACACCGGUCGGCCUUCGACUUGAGUUACUCAAUGAGAGGAGGCAGCACUGAGCUAGCCUGCAAUGUCACUUCCUGGAGUAGCUCAAACUGCGCAUUAUGUCUCCAAGGUGCUACACAUUUUUUGAAUUUUUGCAUUAUUUCAAAAAUAUAUAUCUGGCGCUAAUAAUGGAAUGAUAGUGUUUCACAGUAUUACGUACCCGCCAGUGUUCUGAUUGGCUGUGAUAUUCGCCUAUUGAUCUUUCCUGCCGGAGCGGAAUCUGUUAUUUUUUAUUUAUAAUUUUUUUUUAAAGUCAUUUAGCAGACACCCUUAUCCAGAGCGACUUACAGUUAGUGAGUACAUACAUUCUUUUUUUUCAUUUUUAUACUGUCCCCCUGUGGGAAACGAACCCACAACCCUGGCGUUGCAAACGCCAUGCUCUACCAACUGAGCUACAUCCCUGCCGGCCAUUCACUCCCCUACCCUGGACGACGCUGGGCCAAUUGUGCGCCGCCCCAUGGGUCUCCCGGUCACGGCCGGCUACGACAGAGCCUGGAUUCGAACCAGGAUCUCUAGUAGCACAGCUAGCACAAUGCAGUGCCUUAGACCACUGCGCCACUCGGGAGCCCAUCAAACUGGGAAAUCUGUUCUGACUUUGUGGCUGUGUUAUGUAGUGGAAAUUGCUAAUUUCCUGCUUGCUAAAAUUCUACACUGUUCGCUCAAUUUCAGUUUAUGUGAGAAAACAAGCACUGAAUCGUGUAGGGAAUUAUUGUACGAUCAAAAUCGUUGUGAAAUAUAUUUUCAAUAACAAAAAAUAUUGUUUUUACAUCUGUUUGAAGCUGGUGGACCAAAACCGCAGUUUGAAGCUGGUGGACCAAAACCAAAAGUAACAUUCGUUUUGGUCCACCAGCUUCAAAUACCUGUAAAAACAUUUGUUUUUCAAAUCAAAAAUAUAUUUCACAGCGAUUUUAGAUGGUGCAAUUAUUUAUAUAGCGCCUUCCGUAGUGUUCAAACCGCUUCGCAUCUUAACCAGGUAAGUCACAUACAGGGUUGGGUAGGUUACUUUCUAAAUGUAAUCCGUUACAGUUACUAGUUACCUGUCCAAAAUUGUGAUCAGUAACGUAACUUUUGGGCUGCCCAAACUCAGUAACGAAAUCUGAUUACAGUCUGUUACUUUUAGAUUACUUUCCCCUUAAGAGGCAUUAGAAGACAAAAAUGUAUGUUACCAAUUGAACCACAUCUAUUGCAGGAUAAAUCAAUGUUUAAGUUUACAGACAGUGGGGAAAAAAAGUAUUUAGUCAGCCACUAUUUGUGCAAGUUCUCCCACUUAAAAAGAUGAGAGAGGCCUGUAAUUUUCAUCAUAGGUACACGUCAACUAUGAAAGACAAAUUGAGAAAAAAAAUCCAGAAAAUCACAUUGUAGGAUUUUUUAUGAAUUUAUUUGCAAAUUAUGGUGGAAAAUAAGUAUUUGGUCACCUACAAACAAGCAAGAUUUCUGGCUCUCACAGACCUGUAACUUAUUCUUUAAGAGGCUCCUCUGUCCUCCACUCGUUACCUGUAUUAAUGGCAUCUGUUUGAACUUGUUAUCAGUAUAAAAGACACCUGUCCACAACCUCAAACAGUCACACUCCAAACUCCACUAUGGCCAAGACCAAAGAGCUGACAAAGGACACCAGAAACAAAAUUGUAGACCUGCACCAGGCUGGGAAGACUGCAUCUGCAAUAGGUAAGCAGUUUGGUUUGAAGAAAUCAACUGUGGGAGCAAUUAUUAGGAAAUGGAAGACAUACAAGACCACUGAUAAUCUCCCUCGAUCUGGGGCUCCACGCAAGAUCUCACCCCGUAGGGUCAAAAUGAUCACAAGAACGGUGAGCAAAAAUCCCAGAACCACACGGGGGGACCUAGUGAAUGACCUGCAGAGAGCUGGGACCAAAGUAACAAAGCCUACCAUCAGUAACACACUACGCCACCAGGGACUCAAAUCCUGCAGUGCAAGACGUGUCCGCCUGCUUAAGCCAGUACAUGUCCAGGCCCGUCUAAAGUUUGCUAGAGUGCAUUUGGAUGAUCCAGAAGAGGAUUGGGAGAAUGUCAUAUGGUCAGCUGAAACCAAAAUAGAAAGUUUUGGUAAAAACUCAACUCGUUUGUUUGGAGGACAAAGAAUGCUGAGUUGCAUCCAAAGAACACCAUACCUACUGUGAAGUAUGGGGGUGGAAACAUCAUGCUUUGGGGCUGUUUUUCUGCAAAGGGACCAGGACGACUGAUCCGUGUAAAGGAAAGAAUGAAUGGGGCCAUGUAUCGUGAGAUUUUGAGUGAAAACCUCCUUCCAUCAGCAAGGGCAUUGAAGAUGAAACGUGGCUGGGUCUUUCAGCAUGACAAUGAUCCCAAACACACCGCCCGGGCAACGAAGGAGUGGCUUCGUAAGAAGCAUUUCAAGGUCCUGGAGUGGCCUAGCCAGUCUCCUGAUCUCAACCCCAUAGAAAAUCUUUGGAGGGAGUUGAAAGUCCGUGUUGCCCAGCGACAGCCCCAAAACAUCACUGCUCUAGAGGAGAUCUGCAUGGAGGAAUGGGCCAAAAUACCAGCAACAGUGUGUGAAAACAUUGUGAAGACUUACAGAAAACUUUUGACCUGUGUCAUUGCCAACAAAGGGUAUAUAACAAAGUAUUGAGAAACUUUUGUUAUUGACCAAAUACUUAUUUUCCACCAUAAUUUGCAAAUAAAUUCAUUAAAAAUCCUACAAUGUGAUUUUCUGGAUUUUUUUUCUUAUUUUGUCUGUCAUAGUUGACGUGUACCUAUGAUGAAAAUUACAGGCCUCUCUCAUCUUUUUAAGUGGGAGAACUUGCACAAUUGGUGGCUGACUAAAUACUUUUUUCCCCCACUGUAGCUGGCCAUAUAUGGAUGUUAAGUUUUACUUUAUGGGUUGGUUAUGUAGGCUUCUUCUAACCCAUCACGUUCUACUACAUAUAAUAUACGAUUAAAUUAUAUCUUUACAUUAAAAACCAAAGUCUAUCAGAAUUCCAGUCAUUCCAAUAAAUGUUAUACUUCUUGAUCUUCAAGAAUAGGACUUGGAAAUAUUUGACAUUUUAGUCAUUUAGCAGAAGCUCUUAUCCAGAGCGACUUAGUUAGUGAGUGCAUACAUUUUUCAUACUGGUCCCCCGUGGGAAUCGAACCCAUGGAAGUAUAGAUUAGCCAAAUUGUUUUACAUGAGCAUAACCCCAAAACGAAGGACUUAUUAGCCAGCCCUACUCUGUUGUUUAUGAUUUUGUUGUCAUGGAGGACUGAUUGGCUCAUUGAAUCGAGUUGAAAAAUAAAUGCUGCGACCAUGGAAUGGCAUGCUUUGAGCACUACUGAAAAGUGCUAUUUACAUGUGAAAAAUGAAUUCCAUUUGCUAUAUGCCUAUUGUUUACCUUUUUGUUGGUGACACUUUGAUAUCUUGAUAAUAUGCAGCUGUUUAAAGGGCAAAUCCACAGAUGAAACAAUAACCAAACGGGUGCCCUGCCUCUGUUUUGGUAAAACGCUGAGGGAUGGGCCUGGAGAAAUGUAACCACUCUCAGAUUAAUAGACAGAGCUAUGGAUGUAAGGACUGACCAUCCAUGAUAUCAAAAUUACUGUUUUAACCAUGUUAUGGCGCUAUACAGUGUUUGUUUAUAUUUACAAUGUUUACAAACAUUGGAUAAAAACAAGCUUAUAUUUUGGGUUCUCAUGGAGUGUGACAGUUGAACUAAGCUGGUGAGGCAUUUAUAAGUUAUAUUCUUCAAGAAUCAAUGGAUAUAUAUAUAUAUACACUACCAGUCAAAAGUUUGGACACACCUACUCAUUCCAGGGUUUUUCUUUAUUUUUACUAUUUUUUACAUUGUAGAAUAAUAGUGAAGACAUCAACACUAUGAAAUAACACACAUGGAAUCAUAUAGUUACCAAACAAGUGUUAAACAAAUCAAAGUAUAUUUUAUAUUUGAGAUUAUUCAAAGUAGCCACCCUUUGCCUUAAUGACAGCUUUGCACACUCUUGGCAUUCUCUCAACCAGAUUCAUGAAGUAGGCACCUGGAAUGCAUUUCAAUUAACAGGUGUGCCUUGUUAAUUUGUGGAAUUUCUUUCCUUCUUAAUGCGUUUGAGCCAAUCAGUUGUGUUGUGACAAGGUAGGGGGGGUAUACAGAAGAUAGCCCUAUUUGGUAAAAGACCAAGUCCAUAUUAUGGCAAGAGCAGCUCAAAUAAGCAAAGAGAAAUGACAGUCCAUCAUUACUUUAAGACAUGAAGGUCAGUCAAUCCAGAACAUUUAGAGAACUUUGAAUGUUUCUUCAAGUGCAGUUGCAAAAACCAUCAAGCGCUAUGAUGAAACUGGCUCUCAUGAGGACCGCCACAGGAAAGGAAGACCCAGAGUUACCUCUGCUGCAGAGGAUAAGUUCAUUAGAGUUAACUGCACCUCAGAUUGCAGCCCAAAUAAAUGCUUCACAGAGUUCAAGUAACAGACACAUCUCAACAUCAACUGUUCAGAGACUGCGUGAAUCAGGCCUUCAUGGUCCAAUUGCUGCAAAGAAACCACUACUAAAGGACACCAAUAAGAAGAAGAGACUUGCUUGGGCCAAAAAACAAAUUAAUCCAAAUUUGAGAUUUUUGGUUCAAACCGCUGUGUCUUUGUGAGACACAGAGUAGGUGAACGGAGGAUCUCCGCAUGUGUGGUUCCCACCGUGAAGCAUGGAGGAGGAGGUGUGGGGGUGCUUUGCUGUUGAUACUGUCUGUGAUUUAUUUAGAAUUCAAGGCACACUUGACUAGCAUGGCUACCACAGCAUUCUGCAGCGAUACGCCAUCCCAUCUGGUUUGCGCUUGGUGGGACUAUCAUUUGUUUUUCAACAGGACAAUGACCCAACACACCUCCAGGCUGUGUAAGGGCUAUUUGACCAAUAAGGAGAGUGAUGGAGUGCUGCAUCAGAUUACCUGGCCUCCACAAUCACCCGACCUCAACCCAAUUGAGAUGGUUUGGGAUGAGUUGGACCGCAGAGUGAAGGAAAAGCAGCCAACAAACGCUCACAUGUGGGAACUCCUUCAAGACUGUUGGAAAAGCAUUCCAGGUGAAGCUGGUUGAGAGAAUGCCAAGAGUGUGCAAAGCUGUCAUCAAGGCAAAGGAUGGCUACUUUGAAGAAUCUCAAAUAUAAAAUAUAUUUUGAUUUGUUGAACACUUUUUUGGUUACUACAUGAUUCCAUAUGUGUUAUUUCAUAGUUUUGAUGUCUUCACUAUUAGUCUACAAUGUAGAAAAUAGUAAAAAAUAAAGAAAACCCCUUGAAUGAGUAGGUGUGUCCAAACUUUUGACUGGUACUGUGUGUAUUCCAUAGGAUGGGAUCCACACUAUGCAGCUGUUGCAAGAGCGCAUUUUUCACUGGCUGUCCACUGGUUUCAAAAACAAUGAUUGAUAGGCAGCUUAAACUUCUUGAAUUCAACCAUUAUUGGGUUCAAAUACACAUUUAGAUUCGUAAACAGCCAUCCACAACAACCACAAUCCCUAAGGCGCAAAUAGCUAAAUGAGAGCGCAGCAGUGUGAUUCACAUCAAUGCGCUAUGUAGAUAUCAAUAAUAAGUGAUAUCCGUAUCGCCGUAGGCUACACCACUGCUGUCAUCCUUACCUCAAGCGUUUAGUCAAAUUGCAUAAUCUUUGGAUGCCGACAGCAGUCGCACCAUUGGAAGACAUAGCUUGGACUGUAGCAUACAAAAGCCUAUUCCUGCUAUUUUCCCGCGAUCCAUCAAACCCAUUUGGUGUGUCAUCAUAGUGGUCUCUAACUUGUGGUCAGACUCGCUGAGGUGGAACAAACUUAAACUUGCGCCUUUUUUCAAUGCUGAUUUGAAUGUCAUUGAGAAAACAGAGAAGUGUCCGAUUUUUUUUUUUCCACAAGCAUCCUUUCGGAAUUUAAAAGUAAUCCUCUAAGUAAUCAUCUAGUUAAUCUGAUUACAAAUUUUUGCUGGUAACGUAACGGAUUACAGGUCGUUUUUUGUUGUUGUAAUCCUUUACAUGUAACAGAUGACAUGUCAUCCGUUACUCCCCAACCCUGCUCACAUAAUUCACCACCAGUGUAUAGUAGCCAGACUGAAAAUCAUGUAAGCUCAAGACAUGUUCAUUAACCCUUCCUCUCUCCCUCCCUCCCACAGGGUGGUGAUCAUGAGUUCCAUCCUGGAGCACAUGUGUGCUGACGUGUUCCAGCAGACAGGCCUGGCCCUGCGGCCGCCAAUCGAGGGCCAGGAGCCCAUCCCCUACCGCAACCUGCUCCCGGCCAAGGAGCCCAUCCACGAAGCCCUCAGAAAGCAGUUCCGCUCGAUACUAUGGAAGGGCUGGGUGGACAGCCACGCGCUGCACCUCUUCGAGAGCCUGCUGCACACGGGAGGGGUGUUCUGGUUCACCAACAACCUGGUCAAG